GAGACGUCGUCAACGGGAGGUAGAGGGUCGACGAACCAGCCAAUCGUGCGGGGGCCCGUGCACCUGAAUUCUAAUGAGGCCCACUUGGAUAUAUAUGAGCUUAAGCUCGUACGGGCUCAGUCGCGAUUUUUCUGAGGCAUCUGUCCGUCGCACAGGCUCCAAGAUGAUACCUGCGGGAAAGCUGCUACUUUCCGUUCCUCUAUUCCUGGCACUCCUGGCGUGCGGAUUAACUGAAAAACCAAGGAUAGUCUGCUACUUCAGUAACUGGGCUGUGUAUCGCCCGGGCAUAGGCAGCUAUGGCAUCGACGACAUUCCUAAUGAACUGUGCACGCACAUUGUCUACUCCUUCAUUGGAGUGAGCAACGUUACCUGGAGCGUCCUCAUCCUCGAUGAGGAACUCGACGUAACAAACGGCGGCUUCGAAAAGUUCGUCGCCCUAAAGCAUAAACAUCCGCAUCUGAAGACCCAGAUCGCCAUCGGUGGUUGGGCCGAGGGUGGCAGAAAGUACAGCUCUAUGGUCGCCGAUCGAAGCAAGCGAACUUCACUCAUCAACGGCAUCUGCGAUUUUAUGGAUAAAUAUGACUUUGACGGCUUCGAUCUCGACUGGGAAUAUCCAGGUGCAACCGAUAGAGGCGGCAAUUUCGGUGACAAAAACAACUUCUUCUAUUUCGUCGAAGAGUUGAGGACUGCAUUCGACAAGAGGAAGAAGGGCUGGGAGAUCACUAUGGCGGUGCCGAUGGCCACUUUCCGUCUCAACGAGGGAUACCAUGUGCCGGAGUUAUGCGAAUUAUGUGACGCCAUCCACGUGAUGUCUUACGAUCUUCGUGGCAACUGGGCGGGCUUCGCGGAUGUCCACAGUCCGCUGUACAAAAGACCUCACGAUCAGUACGCUUACGAGAAACUGAAUGUGCACGAUGGUCUUCAACUCUGGGAAGACAAGGGAUGCCCCGCUCACAAACUCAUCGUAGGAAUUCCGUUGUACGGACGUACCUUCACCCUCAGUCAGGGCAACACAAACUAUAAGCCUGGAACCUGGAUCAACAAGGAAGCCGGUGGCGGCGCGCCCGGUGAAUUCACCCAGGCAGCAGGAUUCUUGUCUUACUACGAGAUCUGCAUGCAGUUUACACAGCCAGACAAAAACGGAUGGAUCGAAGACUACGAUGACAUCGGCAAAGUGCCCUACGCAUACAAGCCAGGAGGUAACGCACCUCAGUGGGUUGGCUAUGAAGACGCCGACAGUAUCGUCCAUAAGAUAAACUUCAUCAAGGAGAAGCAGUAUGGCGGUGCUAUGGUCUGGGCCAUCGAUAUGGAUGAUUUCCAUGGAAUUUGUGGUCCCAAGAAUCAUCUCAUGGACACUAUUUACAAGGGCCUGCAAGGCUACACCGUAGAGCCUAAGGACUACAAGACCACCCCCAGGCCCGAUUGGGACAGACCUCCCAGCACAACACCCUCGGACGGCAGCAAACCAACUACUAAGGCACCUCCUAAUCCCACCGACCAAACUCAGAGACCUACCCAAUCUACUUCGAAACCAGUUGAUGACGACGAGGUCGUUUGCAACGGCAAUACUUUCAUCCCCAGCAAGGAUUGCUCAACGUAUUACAUCUGCAACCACGGCAAACCCGUGAAGACAAAAUGCGCACCAGGUUUGAUUUUCAACGCGUCCAAGUCCAUCUGCGACUGGCCAGCCAACGCCGAUCGCGAAGAAUGCAGGACAUGAUCUGAUCUGCCGGUGAUUUGAUCCUACCGAUUUCAAUCGUUUUGUCAGUUCAUGGAUCUCUUAGAUCCAUGAGAAAUUUUAUUAUGAUAAUUUUAUGUGAUAAAAAAAUUCCGUUACGUUAUUGUAUAUUGCCGCGUAUGAGAACUUAUGCACGCUCCUGUAUAUUCACGCUCUUGUAUAUUCACGCUACUGUGUGGAACAAUAUCGUUGCAAGCCACAAUAAAUUAUGCGCAGUUUAAUAUAAA